AUGGUUACCAAGCCGAACAACAUCACCUGCUGUGGUGACAGCGGACUAUCCGUAGCAGCAAAUGUCAUCGGCAUCUUGACUUUUGUUCUCGGCGCGGUUUUGACCUACUUCGCAUAUUUAUCUCUUUCUUUCAAAGCUCUAAAAGAUAUACAAAUGAUUCGUGAGGAUCACCAACGAUGGUGUUUUGAGAUGGAUACGAUCACCCUUCAUUGUCAAAAACAGCACGGCCAAGAGAACCCUACUUUCUCGCGCUAUACUCGACAAUUGCAGGCAGGACUAGAUCGCUUCAAUAGAGUUUCAGAGUUCAUGGAACAUGAUCUCAACAGUCUACCAGAGUUCGAUACGCAGAACGAAACCCCACACAUCUUCCAAAUCCGACGUCGCGUGCUCUGGGCUUUCAGGCGUCAAAAAGCUGUUGAGCAUUAUGAUCAACUGUUCAAGAUCAAAAGUGAGGUGCACUCAAUGUUUGUCUCCUACACGACCGAACGGAUUCUGGACGGAAAAGUAUGA